CUGCGCGGCUUCCUCCAGAGGGCGGGAACCUUGGACGUGGCGGGGCCGAGUCAGCCUGGGUGCCGGGCCUGGGGCGCUCCGCUCAGCCGCCCAGCAGCCUGGCUUUCCACGCCGCUGUCAAGCCCCGGCCGACCCCGCGCCUUCCCAGUCCUCCGCCUCAGUUUGGGGCGGGUCGGGAGAAUGGCUUCGGAGAUGGAGUCGUCGCUCGAGGCAAGCUUCUCGUCCAGCGGUGCGGUGUCAGGGACACCAGGGUUUCUGCCUCCGGCCCGCUCCCGCAUCUUCAAGAUAAUCGUGAUCGGCGACUCCAAUGUGGGCAAGACGUGCCUGACCUACCGCUUCUGCGCUGGCCGCUUCCCCGACCGCACCGAGGCCACUAUUGGGGUGGAUUUCCGAGAACGAGCAGUGGAGAUUGAUGGGGAGCGCAUCAAGAUCCAGUUAUGGGACACAGCAGGACAAGAGCGAUUCAGAAAGAGCAUGGUACAGCACUACUACAGAAAUGUACAUGCCGUUGUCUUCGUGUAUGAUAUGACCAACAUGGCUAGUUUUCACAGCCUGCCAUCUUGGAUAGAGGAAUGCAAACAACAUUUGCUAGCCAAUGAUAUACCACGGAUUCUUGUUGGAAAUAAAUGUGACUUGAGAAGUGCCAUUCAGGUACCCACAGACUUGGCACAAAAAUUUGCUGACACGCACAGUAUGCCUUUGUUUGAAACUUCUGCUAAGAACCCCAAUGAUAAUGACCAUGUGGAAGCUAUAUUUAUGACCUUGGCUCAUAAGCUUAAGAGCCACAAACCAUUAAUGCUUAGUCAACCCCCUGAUAAUGGAAUUAUUCUGAAGCCUGAACCAAAGCCUGCAAUGACAUGCUGGUGCUAA